UUACCUUGGCCUUGUCGCCGUGAUGCUUGACGUAGAAGCACUUGGCCUGCGGCUUGCCCUUCUCUCCUGCCACUGAGCCACCCAGGCCUGGUCCUGCUCGUGCCACCGAACACCCCUCACAUCAGACUGGUGUGCUGCAGCAAACCCACACACAUAUGAACACAGGUGUCGCUUUUCCGUCCCUCUCAUUUGCUCACCCGCGACGUGGACGACAGUCUUUCUGGUCUUGGCCGUCCUGCAGCGGCAGCGCCCCUCCUUGCCGUGUAGCAUGCGGGAGUAAUGCUAUAAUCGUGACACACCCACAGGGACGAAGCAAUGCUGUGUCCUUUCUGUCGUGCUAUAUAUGCAUUCACCCACCUCCUUCCUCCACUCGGGGAAACCCUCCACGCCACGAAGAGGCAAAGCGAGGCAACCGUAAAACAAAAGGUGUGGCUGAAAUUCUCACCUCGCUACACAAUGCACGAUAUGCCUCGGCCGUCAGCAAAGAUCUGAGUUGCCUGCAAAAAUCAGAGAGGACAUAAGUGUGUGUGCAUAUGUGGUUAUGUGGGCUCCUUCUCUCACCCCUCAUUGCGUGGCUUGACGUGUAUGAAGUAGAAGUCGGAGAUGGCCAUCCAAGCGUACCGCAACACCAGCUCGCGCCUGCUGUCGACCAACGCCGCCUUCAGCCACGCCGCCAGGCCUACUGCGCGCUGCGCCACAGAAUACAGUACACAUCAUGGCACAUCAAGCGAGUGUCUGCGGUGCGUACCCAUAGAUGAUGGGUGUUCGAUAAACGCUCGAGCUCGGUGGCGGUGCAGAUGCAGGAGGUCCUCUGAGUUGCCUGGAUGGCUGAGAUGAAACCGAUGACCUCCUGCACACAGACACGGAAAAAAUUCAACCAGAUCAAUCGAUGUCACCUGCCACCCCACCUGCUCUUCGAUAGCGCCGCCCUCUUAGGUGUUGAGGACGCCGUCGAACGAAUCAAUGUGGGGUGGCAGUCUGUGUCGUGCUUCUACUUCAGGUACUUCUUGAUGGCCUCGAGACGCUCGAGGGGGUCGGCUAUCUCGAUCAACUCCUUGAGGGCCCGCACCCCGUCCAUCUCGGCAUCCGCUAAGUCGGGCACGUGUGGUUGUCCGUGUACGGG